AUGGACAAGAAGUCAGCUCUGGCCAGGUUCUUUGGGGCGUUUGCUCCUUCUGUCCUCCCCAGCUCCCAAUACCCCGUGAGUACCACCUCGUUAAUCUCGAGAACUGAGAUCUUCCCCGUCGCACAAGGAUUCUCCCUCAACCGGAGCAAAAGCACUAGGAUAGAUGCACGUGGCUCACGACACAGAGCAUUCGAAGGCGCCUGCGCGUCCACCGGGAGGCCAGCCGGAGGAAGGGCAGGCGUACAAGAGGCGGGGCUAGAGGCACGAUGCGUGAGGGGCGGGGCAAGGAGUCACGAGGGCGGCGCGGGAAAGCAAACGGUCGUAGGCCGUCGUUGUCGCGAGCGAGAUGGAGAGGGUGUCCACCGGUGGAGCCCUGAUGGUGGUGCACUGUGUGUGUCUGUUCUGGUCGGUCUUCGCGGUCACCCAGAAUGUGGGGCUGACGAACGACCUAUACCUGGAGAUGAAAAGAACCUUCGGAAGCCCCUGGAAAUUCUUCAAAUUGUGUUAUUUGUAAUCUGUGUCAUUCAUGAUGUAAUUUAUAUAUGCAACCCUACUAGAAGGAAGGGACUACCUGUCCACUUAGUGAAUGUUCGAGAUUGGAUGUUCUCAGUGCUAGUAUUUCCCAUUGGCACAUUUGUAGUUUUUACCUUCUGGAUUCUCUAUGCCUUUGAUCGAAAAUUUAUAUUUAACCAAGAGUUAGAUGGAAUCUCUCCAAGUUGGGUCAAUCAUUUCAUACAUACAACUGUAUUGCCAUUACUUCUCACAGAAUUGAUCAUAUGUCCCCAUAAGUAUCCUAGUAGAAAGAAAGGAGUGCUGGGACUUACCAUCUUUGCAUCUGUAUACAUUAUAUGGGUACUGUGGAUAAAUUACACAUCAGGAAUUUGGGCAUACCCACUUCUAGAAAACCUUAUUAAAGUGGAUUGGUGGUGUUUUUUACAUCUUGUUACUUUGGAAUAGUAAGCUUCUAUUUUUUGGGCGCGUGGUUGACAAAGUUGAUAUGGGGGAAACAGUUUAUAGAGAGUCAGCAUCCUAGACUUCCAGCAGGAGUGACAACAUUUACCUUGAAGGUGGAAUCAGUGAGCGCUUCUGAAAACUCAAAAAAUUGAAAAGCUGAAGAAAAUAAUGCAGCCACUUGCAAACCAAGCAAAUAAACAUACUUUUAAAAUUAUCUUUCCACAUUAGACAGAAGAAAAUAUAUGUGUUGAACGUGCAUAUCAUUUUCUCUUUGGAUGGUGCUUCAACAAGGCAUGGUCUCUGAAAUGGCCAGGUUACCAAUAUUAAUAAAU